AAAAUCCCUAGCGCAGCCGAUCCCCAUCGAGCCUGGCAUCUCCAUCUCUCUCCCCCUCACCGCUUCUUCUCCCACCUCCGGCCGCCGCCGCGGCCAGGCCAUCGUGGCGGCGCGCUUCCGCGACCUCGUUGCUCCACCAUCACCCGCGCCAUCCACCACCCACACCAUCAUCCAUCCAUCACAGCGCCAGCCACCAGUGCCCACCUCGCGCGACCUCUCCCUCCAGCCGGCGCGCCCGGCCAGACACACCGCCGCUGCUUCUUCUUCCCUUCUUCCCCGCUUCUCUGAAUCUCUGUCUGCUGCUCCUUCUCGCCCGCGCCCCUGCUGCUGCUCGUCUACAACUCUCCCUGCUGCUAUCCUUCUCCAAGCUCACCUCCUCUCUGAAUCCCUACUGCUGCUGCUCUUCUACUUUCCCCUACCACGCUGCUGUUCUGCUCCUUCUCCAUCUCCAAACUCCAAGUCGUUGCUGCUACUCCAUCUUCCUUUGCCCCGCUGCUCCUUCUCCCUCCUCUCAACGCCCCCUGCUACUGCUUCUUCUCUCUCAACCUCCUGCUGUUGCCUUCUCUCUCUCUCUCUCUGAAAUUCUGUAGUAUUGAGAGAUGUUCAAGACUUGUAAGGUUCAGAUUUGAAGAGUACAUGUAAACUGCUGUUUGCUCUGUUUAGUACUUGUAUAAUAUAGUGUAUGUUUUCUGGGAUCUGACUAGUUGAUGCAUCUAUACAAAUAAGUUCGUGAAUGUUAUAUUUGUCAACCGUGUGGUACAUGUAUGCUUGUCACUUGCACUGAAUUUACGUAAUUCCAGUUCAUGUAUCUGUUGUCACAGUGUCAUCCCUUUUCUGCAGAAAUAUAUUCAGUUUUGUAGUCCAUGUAUUAGCUCAAGUUCUUGUUUCUUCCCACUGUUCAUGUUAUAUAUAUAUAUGUUCUUGUCUUUUUAAUUUCCUAGCCGUAUGUUUUCUUGUGUUAGCAUUAAAUUCAUCGAGUAAUAUGGAAAUUGCCAAAAAGAGAGUAUAGAAAAUCUGAAUCUCUCUUUGCUUAUUUUGCAUUUUCUUUGGCGAUGAUCUUCAGGAACUACCCUGUUUAGUUUAGGUUUAUUUCCUUGCAAUCAUCAUCUGUAUUCUGUCACCUAGCUUUAGUCGAGCAUAGUCGUCGUCGCCUAGUCCCUGAGGAGAACACGACACUCGCAGUUUGGGCGUAAAAACCCCACUGUACCUACUAACGAUCAUUUUGGCGCCGUUGCUGGGGACUAGCGUCGAGCGUUUGUGUGAGGCUUUAGACUAGGUUUAGCUUGUUUCCUUUUGGUGCUUUAUAUAUUUGUGAUAUAUCUCUAACUCCUAACCCUUGUUCUAGUUUAUUUUCUCUUUGUUUUCUUUUCCUUUUUGCAGGUUAGAACCAUCUUCUCGGAUAUGGCUUACUAUUCAGAUCAUCAUGCUUAUGCGAGCAACACUACAAACAGCACGGAAAGUAUUCAAGAACUGAUAAGUAAGAUUUCCCAUCAAUUAGAUGAUUUAGCUCGGCAGCGAGAGGUUGUUUUUGAGGAUAGGCCUAGCUCUUAUGUUCCUUAUUCUAGAGGUCAUCCUUAUGUUGCUCCUACAUGCCAUAUUUGUGGAUUUCAGGGCCAUUCACCCGCUGAAUGUCAGCGUGGUUACUCUCACCCUCCCGAUUGUUAUGGCAUGAGCUUCGCCCCACAGCCUAGCUCAUACCAAAACAAUUACACACAUGGGUGGCCUGAAAACCAGAAUAUGUCAUAUAGGAGCAAUAACCCUGAGAUCUCAUCGUUUGCCUCUAGUUAUCCAAUGCAGGGAUUCAGGUACAAUGAGGAGAACCACAAAUAUGCUCCACAACAGAUUUAUUCACCUCCUACUCAUAUACCUCAAUACCAGGAGAUGUGUCCAAUGGAGUUAAAUGGUCCUCCAUUUGGUCAACCAACAACUCCAGCACCUUUCGAGCAAUCUCAUGUGCAAGUGCCCACACAAGAUGAAUUUGAUGAUAUAGAGAAGCUCACAUUGCUUAGUAUUGAGUUCACUUGGAGUGCCGAGGAUGAUCCUAUUAGGAAGGUUAUACUAGAUGAAAUGAAGAAGAUCAAGAGUGGAAAAGAGCUGGUGGAAGAAGUAAGGAAGAUUGAGAAGAACAUCAACGCUGGCAGCACUAUUUCUUCACAACUUGAGUUGAGUGUGGCUGAGAUAUCCAUGGAUACAUGUGAGGUUCCAACACCUUCACAUUUCGUUGAGCAAGUUAGCAAGUGCCUUGAGCAAGAGAUACCUCAGAUUGAAGAAGAUGAACUAGAAGACAAGGAACAAGAUGGUCAAGAGCUGCAAUUCCCAAGUGAUCAAGUUGAAGAUUCAUCAUCUAUUACUCCUGAAGAAGUGCAAGAAGCUGCUGUAGAUGAAGAUGAAGAACAUGAGAUUCAUUUGCCUAUUGUCAUACCAGAGCGUGAUGUGUCAGGUUUACUCAAUCCUCUUGAUUACAUGAUGCCUUGUGAUUUCUUUGCUACCACCUUGCAUUACAUGAUACCAUCACAUAAGAUUGAUUUGAAAACUCAUUUGCUUGGAUAUGAUGAUAUAUACCCUGUUAGUGGCAUUGCUCUCAUUUGUGAUGAUCACAAUUACUUUCCUCAUGCUAGUCUUGAGCUUAAUGAUAAAUGUCAUCCUCGUGUGAGUAUUGACCAUGCUGAUUUCUGCCAUCCUAAACAUGUGCUUUAUAGUUAUGCUUAUAUAAUUGGAUAUUCCAUUGAUGACUUGGAGGGCAUCGACCGUAUCACUUGUAGUUGUUUGUGUGAGUCCUAUUUCAGGCUUUUGCUACUGCACUGUUUACUACAUGCUGACCAGGUUCGAGGUGACAUUCCUUGGGAUCCUGGUGGAGUCAGAGCAUGGCGAUGAGGGGAGCACAAACAGGGAACACAAACAGAGAAGAGUGGAGAGAAGAAAGUAGGAGAGAAGAGUAUACAAAUACCAGAAAAGUGCGCAAAGGCACUAGUGUGGUCAAGACUUCUACUAUGUGGCUAACGAGAAGAGAGAAGGGCAUGAAAUAAAUACGUCAAGGCUUGAGCGUGAAGGAAAGAAGUAAUGUAGGGGAGCAAACUAAAAGAUGAGGAGGAUCUUCUUGGGAAGAAAGAAGAAAGGAGGAGGGCCAAAGUAAAAAAAAGAUAGAACAGAGGAGGGGAUCAAAAAUCCCUAGCGCAGCCGAUCCCCAUCGAGCCUGGCAUCUCCAUCUCUCUCCCCCUCACCACUUCUUCUCCCACCUCCGGCCGCCGCCGCGGCCAGGCCAUCGUGGUGGCGCGCUUCCGCGACCUCGUUGCUCCACUAUCACCCGCGCCAUCCACCACCCACACCAUCAUCCAUACAUCACAGCGCCAGCCACCAGUGCCCACCUCGCGCGACCUCUCCCUCCAGCCGGCGCGCCCGGCCAGACACACCGUCGUUGCUUCUUCUUCCCUUCUUCCCCGCUUCUCUGAAUCCCUGUCUGCUGCUCCUUCUCCCCCGCGCCCCUGCUGCUGCUCGUCUACAACUCUCCCUGCUGCUAUCCUUCUCCAAGCUCGCCUCCUCUCUGAAUCCCUACUGCUGCUGCUCUUCUACUUUCCCCUACCACGCUGCUGUUCUGCUCCUUCUCCAUCUCCAAACUCCAAGUCGUUGCUGCUACUCCAUCUUCCUUUGCCCCGCCGCUCCUUCUCCCUCCUCUCAAUGCCCCCUGCUACUGCUUCUUCUCUCUCAACCUCCUGCUGUUGCCUUCUCUCUCUCUCUCUGAAAUUAUGUAGUAUUGAGAGAUGUUCAAGACUUGUAAGGUUCAGAUUUGAAGAGUACAUGUAAACUGCUGUUUGCUCUGUUUAGUACUUGUAUAAUAUAGUGUAUGUUUUCUGGGAUCUGACUAGUUGAUGCAUCUAUACAAAAUAAGUUCGUGAAUGUUAUAUUUGUCAA